GGCCAUUGUGCGAGGUACAUACGAACAGAAACAUAAAAUAUGCAGCAUCGAAGCCAUUGUAGUUACCUAUCGGCUGCUCUGCAGGACCCGAUAAGAAAGUACCUUGUAUCGAAUGACGCGUAAUACAAAGUGAGCUAGGCCUACACCACGUCGACGAUGAUCAUAAGGUGAACCACAAUUAAAUUAUUUAUAUUCUGCUCUUCUUGUCUUUGUUUAUGUAUUUUGCGUGUUUCCCUAGUUAUACUAUUGAUUUGGGACAAGGAACUCUUGGCUGUUUCCAAUGAGAAUGAUCUCAACUACUCCGAACCGGCUGGCAGCGCUGGUACUAGCGGUGAGCUCGCUUGGCUUCAGCAGUGCUGAGCCUCAGAAGAGUUUCGGUCCAACGCUCGAGAGCGCCCGAGAGAAUGGACUUCAAAUCUUUAAUUCCAUCCAUAAUGCGAUGCGCGAAUUCGGAUCCGCCUUACAUCACAAUGGCAUGUCAUUAUAUCCUGGAGUUAUCCCAAAGGGUGUUCUCUUGUACCAUGGAACUAGCACCAAGGAAAUACCGACUUCUUUCGAAUGGCUCGCAUUUGAGAUAGAGCAUGCAGAGGGCUUUGCUCGUGGCGGUCCCCCAGGCCCCAAACGUAACCACAGAAAACCGCCUCCAGGCCCUCCUCCAAUGGGUAUGGAAAUGCAAGACGGCCAUCCUCCGCCUAACAAACGUCUUCCACGCUUAAGAGGGGGAGGCUACUUACAUAUCUAUCAGUCAGUGCGACCGCUCAAUGUAUUGUACAUAGACGGCAUGGCAGCUGGUAAGACCGACAUGGGGACGGUAGAUACGCAGGACAUUUUGCUAGCCGGCAACAAGACCCGUACCGCUUGGGAUGAGUGGAUAAGGGCCGAAGAGCUAUGCACGUUAGCUCAGCAAUGGAAGAUUGACGGGUUUAUUCGCAUGGAACCUGGUUUUGAGAUUAUAUACUGCGACUUUACAGACGGGCUCAGGCUUGUAUCUGCCAAUAAACGGCCGCCGAUGGACGAAUCCGGUUCAGAGAACGACCUUAUUUCUGGAUUUGAGUGGGUGAGAGCGGCCUCGCAGCGCUAUAAUGGGAUCGGAUCGUCGCGUGUCGUGCUCGACUAUUCCUCUAUGGUGUCCGCAUUUUUCUACCCGAUCAAUCUCACCAACCCGGAUCCGAAGAGACCUGAACUACCUAGAUUAUUGGGUGCCAGCAGUGAAGAGAUGGAUGUCGUGAGGGAACAUGUGGCCGAGUCGGUAGCCCGAUCGAUAUCACACCUGCAAGCUCCCAUAGAUUGGCAAGGAGUCUCCGAUAUGAUCGUCACUCGAUACAUCAAACAGCUCCCCUUCAUUGCCCAGACUGAUUCGAUCGAGAUUAUCAAGGCUGAAAUGAACAGCCUUCUGAACGUCUACAUUGACUAUUCCGAGACAGAUGACGGACUCGCUGGCGCACGACAACGCUGCGUCGAGUUCUUCCUCCAGCCAGUCCAGCCACAAACUUCGGAGGACAAACUCAUCUAUGCGGCGUUUGAGAACACGACUGCUACGAUCUGUGCAGCACUUUUCAAAGUUCGAGAGAUUGUCAUCGAGGACCCGGAUGUAGACGAAUCAGCCGCGAUGGGCGCCACUAAGCAAAUAAUUGGCGAGCUAAUGGAAUCCCUCAGCUGGUCGAACUGGAAAGAGUGCGGCGCAUGUAAAGCCGACGAGGUAUGUUUCAUUGCUAUGUGGCCGAUGGGAAAUGUCGAAGACCAUUACAACCCCAGCUGCUUGAACUUCACAGCCCUGGCCCGCGGCCGUAACACUUACUGGAGGUUUUCUGGGGGCCCUCCUCACGGACCGCCACCGCCUUCAACCUUCUGCGCGGAUGGACAGCCGUGUGAGGAACACGAGGAUUUCGGUAGCGAAGAACUGUGAUGGCGAGGGUGAUGAGCACAUCGAUAUACCCCUUCAGGCCAGAAUAUUGGACGGCUUUUCCUUUCACAUUGGCUACAAUACCCCUCUACGGUCUUUCCAAUUGGUUACCUAGUGCCACAAUGUCUCGGUAUCGGAAUUACCCGGCCCGUAUUGGAUCACAUCGAGGAGAGAUAUCGAUCUUUGGCGAUUAUCAAGUGGUGUUCGAUGAGGCGUAUAUUGAGACAAUUGGUGGGCAUUUGUUUACAUUUUUAAAUAUCUAAGUCAUCGUUUCGGAGGUUCCGUUUAUGGCACAUAUCUACAUACAAGUAGGUUCAUAGUCUGUCGUUAGCAUUGCCUCUUCCAAGUGGAGAUUGAAGUCAGCUGUUUUUUAUGAUAUCCAUUGAAUAAAACUCCCGUAUAUUUCUCUUUUAUUUGCUUUCUCGGUACUAUUGCCCCUCUCGGCGUCACGUUAAGACGGGCCUGGCCCGAAAGGCAUCGGGCGUAACCACGGAUAUUAAGAGAAAAUCCAUAUCAUUCGUACACUUCGUAGUAAGUACUAACCUAGUGUAACUUGUGCUAGGUAAUUGUGACUUGGUGCGCACUUUCUUAAUCCUUCGGACAUAUCCAAAGAGACAUCCAUGGAUUAAGA